AUAAAAUGAACAUUAUUAAAGUCUGUUUGUGACCGAUCCACAUCUCUUCCGAGGCCAAGUUCUUUAGUCACACGUGACAUUUUACAAGAAGUGCAUGGGGUCGCCCCCAUAAGAAUCGAACAUCACAUUUACGGAUUAAAAAACAAAUAAUAAAGAACACAAAUUUUCACUCAUCUCAAUAAUGGACAUAAAACAAGAGGAAUAUCAGCGGGAAUUUUGCAAAAAUGAGUCGGACAAAGAAAGCAAUGACGAGGAAUAUUCUCAACCAAGAGUUUUACUCGAUCUCGACGAAAAUUCCAAACAUCAACAAAUUCUACAGCAGGAUUUAAGUUCCUCCUCGAGUCAUUUUGCAGAAGAUCCUCGACCCGAAGUCCAAUAUACGAGUCGAAAACAGUUCUUGAGAAGACGUUGGCACGAAUCAGACUUUGAACAACGUUCACAAACUUCAGAAGGAGUGGUUGUAAUAAGAGUACCUGAACCUGAAGUGGUGGAAACUCCGUCUAAUUUAGAGUUGCUUCACCAAACAAGUAUUAAACCAGUGCAUCGUGAAGCUUCACAAACUGAGAAAGAUUACAAGAAAUCAGCUUGCGAUCGAGAGAGAACUCGGAUGAAAGAUAUGAACCGUGCAUUCGAAUUGCUGAGAUCGAAAUUGCCGAUUUGCAAGCCACCAGGUAAAAAAUUAUCCAAGAUCGAGUCAUUGAGACACGCGAUACAAUACAUCAGACAUUUACAAAGUCUCUUGGAGCCCCAAUGCACGUACGUUCCAAAUAUUCCCGACAGAUCCAGUUACUAUGGAGCGACGACAACCAACUCCAACUUUGAAUCACAGCAUCCAAAUAGAUGGGAAUCUUUUGCCUACUAUCGUUACGAUUAUCAUGCUCCUUUUACCACCCUACAAGCGCCCGCUCUACCACCACCAUUACCAUCUCGUCUUUUACAUCACGAACAAGAUAUUCACUAUCGUUAUGAUCCACGUUCCUAAUAAAUCAACCAAAAAACAUUUUUUUUCCUCCCUAUCCAACAAAAAAUGCAAAAAAAAAAAAAAAAUUUCACUCUAACAAGAAAAAAAAAAUUUCAACUUAUAUGUUGCCAAAGAAUCUAAAUUUUUAUUAACAAAAUAAGUUAAUGACUAAAACAAGAGUCUCAUAUAUUUAAAAAAAUGUUAAUGUUAAAAUAUACAUGUAUUUUUAAAUAAAUAAAUAUAAAUUUCGAAAUAUA